AUGACUCUUGUUGAAGACUCUAAUCCAUUUGAUGAUGGUUAUGUUGCUCCAGAACCACAAGAUAAAAGUAUGAGUUGCAGCCUUAAAGUUUUAGCUGUUAUUUCAACUGCAUUUGGUUUUAUUGGUGCUCUUAUUGUAUUCUUUAUGGAAAAGAAAAAUCAAUACAUUAGACUUACUGCAUGUCAUAGUGCAUUUUGGCAUAUUAUAUUAGAUACAAUUCUUCUUAUUUUAUUGUUAUUAAUGUUUAUUAAUAAUUGGUUCUUCUAUACUAUCUUCGUUAUUUAUGCCGUUAUUUUCUUCUUGUUUUACAUAUUCCUUAUUGUUAUGGCAGUAUUCAGAUGUGAGUCUGGUGAUGCUUUCCUUGUUCCAGGUGUUUCUAAACUUGUUGAAUAUAUUGAAAGCAGACUUUAAAAAAGAAAAAAGUAAAGUAAUUACAGUUUUUUUUGACUAUUAACUUUUAUUUUAAAAGUUGAACUAAAAAAUAAUGAAUGAAUAUUUAUUGUUCUAUUGAUCAAUAUUUUAUUGAAGAAUUUCAUCUUAAAAAACCAUCAGUUUUACCAACUUCUUUUGAGGAAAAAGAAAGAAUGAAAAAAGAAUUUGAAGAGGUUCUUCUUAAAAAUGAUGAUGACAUUAAUCAAGUUAUCGCUCAAAGUUGUUUAUAAUUUAAAGUAUUUUAUACUUUC